AUGAAUGAUAAUUCAAUUAAAAUAAAUGACAGCAUUUUAAAUAUGGAAAAAUGGAUAGAGCGUGGAACGUUGGGAAAUGGUGAAAAUUCUGAUGAAAAUGAUAAAAAAAGCACGUGUAGCAGGAAAAAAGAAAUAAAGCAUAAGGAUUCUGAAAAUAAAUUACAUCAUCAGAUACACAAGAGCAAGGAAUAUUUGAAAAGACAAGAUGAAAAUGAUAACGAAAUGGCUAUAAAAAAAGAGAUUAAUAAAAUAAAUGAAUGUGCUAAUUGUACCAAUUCGGAUGAGACAAAAGACUAUACGAUUAUAGUACCCCCAAGGAAAAAAAUUAAAAACAUGAAAAAUGAAGAAGAGGAAGAGGAAGAAGAGGAAAAUGAAAAUAACAGGAGAGUUAAUGGUGAAGAUAAUUUUAUUCAUUCAACUAAAAAUUAUAGUAGUGAAGAGGAAAACAGCACAGAAUUAAUGCAAAGUAGUGUCUUUGAUUUAAAGAGUAAGAACAAAAAAUUAAGAAAGAAAAGUAUUUGCGAUCGUAGUGAAGAGAAGUUGGAUGCAAAGGAAAAAAAGGAGGCCAGUAUAAAUCGAGAUGGUCAAGGGAAGAAAUGGAAAAAGGAUAAAAAAGGUAAAAGAUGCGAUAAAAUUGAUAUAAAAAAAAACAAUAAAAUGGUUGACCAAUCGAGUGACGAAAAAAGUGGUGAACAUAGCUGUGAAGAAAGUGACCACGGAAGCAACGACGAUAUAAGUAAUCCCCGUGUUAAAAGAAAGUCCAAAAAAAUGGACAAACAGAAAAAACGUAAAAUUUUAAGUGAAAAACUUAACAAAACGAAAAAAACUCACUUUAAGAAGGAAAAAAAUGGUACUAAAAAUGACAAACAGAAAUAUGCCAAGUAUAAAAGAAUCAAAGAAAAUAUUAAAAUGACCUUUGAUGUGACCAGCCGUUUUACAGUACUAGGUUGUGACUGGGACAACAUUUGCAGUGCCGACAUUUUCUAUCUCUUUGAAUCAUAUUAUAAUUUCGAAAAAAGGAAAAAAAAAAACAUAGAUUAUAAUAGGAGUAGAGCAGUGAAAAAAGUCACCAUAUACACCUCCAAAUAUGGGGAAAAGAAGCUCAAGCAAGAGAAAAAAUAUGGACCAAAAAUAAAUUUGGAUAUUUUAAAAUUAAGAAGGAAAAACGAAGAUGCUGUAUAUAGGAGAAACAAUUGUCUAGAUUACCUACAUAACGAAGACAUUGAUGAGGGUUCACACUCUUCGUGUGACGAAGGAGGUCAUGGAUCUAGCUCAGAUGAUAACGAAAGUGAACAUGAUAUCCAAAACACAGACGAUGACAGUAAUGUAGAGGGUGAUAGUAAUACAGAGAGUAACAGCAAUGCAGAGGAUGGCAGUAAUGGAGAGGAUGAUAGUAAUACAGAGGGUAACAACUAUGCAAAAGGUGGCAGUAAUGGAGAGGAUGAUGAAAGUGCAGAUAAUGUAUAUAGCACAGAUAAUAGCAACCCAGAUGAUGAUAGUAACCUAGACGAUGAAGAAAGUGCAAAUAAUGACAGCUGCACAGAUGAUGACAUUAACAUUAAGGAUGAUGAACAUCCUAAGAAGAAAAAGGAAAAGGUGAAGAAAUCUUCUAAGGACAAAAUUAAAAAGAACAAAAAUAAUCGUGGCCUGUUACACACCAGUAAUACCGAUGACGAGGAAGAAGAAAAUGAAAAAAUUAGACUGUAUCAAAUUCAACGCUCAAGAUAUUAUUUUGCUGUAGUGGAAUGUUAUAAUAAAGAAAUAGUAGAAUUUUUAUAUGAAGAAUUAAAUGAUAUGGAUGCAGAUUUCUGCAUUAAUUAUUUAGAUCUUAGAAUAAUUAAUGAUAAUUGUUCUCUUGAUGAGUAUAAAAUAAAGGAGUUUUGUGAUAAAAUUCCAGAAAAUUAUCAAUUCCAUUAUACCGUGAGUACAGCUUUGAAACACACACACGUCAAGCCAACAUGGGAUGAAAAUCCAAAAAGGAAAAAACUGUUAUCAACAAGAUUUAGUGAAGAAAAAUUAAGAGAACUAGACUUAAAGGAAUAUUUAGCCAAUUCAUCAUCUAGCAGUGAUGAGGAAGAAAAGGAGGAUGAUGAUAACAAGAAUGGUGUUUCAUUUAAAAAAAAGGAAAAAUAUAAUAGAGAAAAUAUUAGAAAAUUGCUUUUAGGCGAUUUAUUAAGUGAAGAUGAUACAGAAGACGUACAUAAAGUAGAGAAUAAUAUUGAACUACUAAAUAGUAGUAGCAAAAAUACAUAUGAAGAUGAUGAUAAAAUAAACUUUUCAAUAUAUUUCAACGAAAUCGAAGAAGAUUUUGCAAACAAGGACAAAAUAAUAAAUUUGUUGAAAGAAGAAAAAUAUAGUUCUAAUAUAAAUGAAGAUGAAGGUAAUUCCAAUGAAUUAGCUAUGAGUCUCUGUAAAAAAACAAAAGAAAAGAAGAAACAAAAAAAGAAAGGACGAAUCCCAGAAUCUGAAGAAGAUAGUGACAAAGAUAAUGAAGUUGUACAAGUUUUCAAAAAUAUGUUAAAAAAUAAUGAUCAAAAAGAAGAAAAGAAAAAUCCAUGGGAUAAAUAUCUUGAUAGAGUAAGGCAGAAAAAGAAAUUAAAGAAAAAGGCUUAUUUAGAAUCACUAAAAAAAAAAGAUGAAGAAAUAAAGAAAAUAAUAACCAAAAAGACAAAUAAAAGAAAAAAAGAUGUUAUGUUAAAAAAUAACGGAGAAAAUUUCUCCGAAAAAGUAAAUGAUAGUCAUCAAAUUGAUAGAAGAUUUGCAGAUAUAUACAAAAAUAAAGAUUUUAAUUUGGAUAUAACAAAUCCGAACUUUAAGAAAACCAAAUUUAAUGAAGACAUUCUUCAAAAGAAGCUCUAA